GUCCCGGUGCCGGUGUCCGUUCCUCCGCCGCCAGCCCGGCCAUGCCGUUCCCCGCCGCUCUGCUCCUCUUGGCUCUGCUGCUGCCGCCGCCGCCGCUCUGCCGCGCCGCCGAGAGCGAAACCGAAAGCGGCGCCCGGGAGCUACGGCUGGAAACGAUCGUGGCCCCUCCCGAGGGCUGCACGGAGCUGUCGGCGCCGGGGGACACGGUGCACAUCCACUACACGGGCACCCUGGAGGAUGGCCGCAUCAUCGACUCCUCCCUCGGCCGGGAUCCCCUGCAGGUGGAGCUGGGCAAGCACCAGGUGAUCCCUGGUCUGGAGCAGAGCCUGCUGGACAUGUGUGUGGGGGAGAAGCGCAGAGCCAUCAUCCCCCCUCACUUAGCCUAUGGCAAACGGGGCUCCCCCCCAACCAUCCCAGGUGACGCCGUGCUGCGCUUCGAGGUGGAGCUGGUGGGGCUGUCCCGUGCCAGUUACUGGCAGAAGGUGCUGAACGAGGUGGUGCCACUGCUGUGCCUGGCACUGGUGCCAGCGCUGCUGGGGCUCAUUGGCUUCCACCUCUACCGCAAGGCCAGCAGCCCCAGGCUGUCCAAGAAGAAGCAGAAGGAGGAGAAGAGGAACAAAGCCAAAAAGAAAUAAAACCUUCCCCCCUUUUGGCA